AUGGACGAGCAGCUUCCUGGACCGCAUGCGGAAGAAUGUGCCAUCCGCGCAGAUCUCAAGACGAGAGGCGAGAAAUGCCGGAGCUACAUCGAAAUGGUAAAGUUCCGCGAUGAGAAGGCGGUUGAGGAUGUGGAAGAAAAGAAAUUCAUCGACGCCUUGCCCGAUCGGCAAGACCAAGAAACCCCGUACGAUCAGUUAAGCUACUCGUGCGGCGACGCUUUUUUUGCUUUAUACGCGAUUUUUACUCUGCUCGCGGACAUGGUGACGGAUAUUUCGGUAGCGUACAUGUUCUGGCUUCACGGGAAGCACGAGUAUUUCAUUGCGAUGGUUGUAUUUAUUGGUGUUCCUGCCGUCAUGUUGACGGGGACUGGCCUGCGAUGGUACGUUGUCGACAUGGAGAACCCUAGGGUUCCUCCUGCGAGUAUGACGAGAUGGGCUGUACGCGUUGUUUUCCUUUUGCUACAAAUUGGUCCAGUGUUGAGGUAUGUAGAUUCCCUCAGAUUAGGAAUGUUGUUCAGGAAGCAGAGAAAGAAGCACGGGUGCGAGCUGACGUUGAAAGACGUCACAAAGGAAGGUGUAGUGCACGAAUGUGCCAUCACUUACAGAUUAAUGCUGCAGGAAGACUCCGACGCUACGUUUCUGCGGCUCUUCGAAGCAUACUUGGAAACUGGUCCACAGUUGAUGCUUCAGGCGUACAUACUCCUGCAUGCCGUUUACAAUGAUGACGUUGAUGAAAAUCUCGCCAAGGUUCAACUGGUUUCCAUCUUCUCAUCUUUAUUGAGCUUGGCGUGGGCACCGGUGUCGUAUUACCGCACUGUUCGUCUCAGUUCAGCGGGGAAGGCGACGAUGAACUGGAGUUCGACGAUAGUGAGCGUGCUGUGGCAACUUUGCUUUUUGAGUUCUCGGUGUCUUGCCCUAUCGUUGUUCGCCGCUAAAUUCAACGAGUGGGUGUUUGUACCCUUAUCAGUGCACAUAGUGGUGAUGAUUAUUUGGGCGAAGUUCAUGGACACGGAUCUGUGCAAGACCAAGUGGGAAGAAGCCUUGCUCAUCCUCAUGUUGUCCCUUGCUUACACGUUCUCCUUCUUCAAUCCCAAGGAGGAGCGUACCCGGUAUAAGCACAUGUUCUUCUACGUUGUUUGCUUUCUGGAGGACUCGAUCCUGAUGAUGAUUUGGUUGUUUCACGAGGACAGCGAGCACAAGUUGUCGUAUAGUUUCAAGUACGGUCCGUUCGCCGGCGUGUACGUUUCUUUCGCCAUGUCCUUGUUGUUCAUGUAUUGUUAUUAUUCGUGGUGCCACCCGACCGGGAAUAUCAGACCGUUAAUUGGCAAAGGGUGCAGGAAGCACGUGUCUGAUAACGCAGUCCGUCCGAACGAGCAAAAACGGGGAACUUGCGUGGAGGAAAUUGCGAUGGACAAAGCGGGGGCGUUUUCUGUGUAAAACUUGCUUUAGUGACGUCCUUGUUAUCAGUGUUGUUAUUUCGAUACUCCUGGUUCCAGUGUGGUUUUUUGUUUUGUGAUGGGUACUUGGUUCUGUGAUGAUAACGAAGGUCGUGAGUGAGUCUCCUGAUGCAGAACUUUUUUGUGCCUGUUGGAAAAAAAUCCGUAUUUGCUAUUUUUUCGCUCUGUGUAACGCUAGACGACGACCACCCCGUUUCAUUAUUUUGUCGUACUUUGUAAUAAAAACGAAGUCUUUUUUGUUUUGCCAGUGAA